AUGGCUAUCAAUUCUAAAUCUGCCUUCUCCAGUCUAGAGCUUAGUUCCCCAAAUAAGGUCAGAAAAUUGCCUUCCAUUCGACGUGGAGGUCUCCAAGGCUGGACAACAAUGGCAGAGAGAAAGCACAGAUGUAUAUUUUGCUUGCUAGCCGUAUCUUCUGUGAUGAGUGAUAAAUUUGUUGGUGGAAGAAGGAUUGGUACCAUAGAAAGCAAAAAGAUAGUUAAGCAUAAAGGAACUGUCAAAACUAUUGAGGGUAAUAAUGGUGACGUAAUAGACUGUGUAGAUAUCUAUCAACAACCUGCUUUCGACCAUCCAUUACUUAAGAAUCAUACCAUACAGAUGGAACCCAGUUCCAUUCCAAAUGUAACAAACGGAGAAUUGUAUGAUGACGAGCUGUUUCAAGGUUUGCUUGAGAAUGAGGAAUGCCCUGAAGGAACAAUCCCAAUUAGACAUGCACGAGAAGAUGAAUAUUAUCCACAUCGUGCUAUACCCCCAGCUGCCCAUCGGAAAAACCUUAAUGUUCGUGUUGAUUAUGAUACUACAGGCCAUGAGUACGCUGGAGUUCGUCUGAGUGAAGGAAACUACCAUGGAGCAAGUGCAUUUAUUAACGUAUGGAAUCCUACGGUUAAUGAUGAUGAAGUUAGCAUUGCUCAAAUAUGGCUUACCUCGGGUCCUUCAGACCUACUAAACACCAUUGAAGCUGGAUGGAUUGUAAGUUCGACCAUAUAUAUAUAUAUAUAUGGUCAUUCCUAGCCUGGAAAGUUCAUAAUGAAAUUCAAAACAAAAUUGUAACAUAUGGAUUAAUCAUUUGGAGGAUAGUUUAAUUAAUUUCUCACCAUUAAUUUCAUGGUUCUAGGUUAGUUGGCAAAUCAAGGAACCCAGGUUUUUCAUAUACUGGACUGUAAGUUGGCUUAUUUCCUUCCAUGAUAUAAUUUCUUAAAUUGGCAUUAGGA